GAGCGGUGGUGGGGGCCGGGGUCGCGGCGGCGUUGCCAUGGUGCGGGCGUUCGUGCUGCUGGCGCUGGGCGGGCCCGGCCCCCCGCGCCCCGCCCCCUGCCGCGUGCUGUACGCGCGCGCCUUCGGUACCCCCCCCGAGACCGACACCCCCCCCGGCACCGGGGACCCUUCCCGGCAGCGCCUCCGCCGCAAGGAGCAGCUGCUGGCCGUGGCCAGGCAAGUGGCCACCCAGUGCCAGCUGCUUCAGUCAUCCUCGGGGCGCCCGUCCUCCCCCCAACUCCCCCAGCUCCCCGAUGAGCCGAUGUCACUGCAAGACGCCCCGGGGGGGCUUUUCCAGCUGCCCUCCGGGGACCCCUUCCCCGAACGGGUGACGGUAGCCUGGCUGUCGGUCGUGGCCCUCGCCUUCGCUUUGGUUUGUGACCCUCAAGAGAAUGUAUCGCUUGCCGAAAUCACCCUGCGCCGCCUGGCCCCCCGCCUGCUCGCCUCCCUGCGCCUCCUCGGCCCCGGCGCCGACGUCCUGCUCCGACCCGAGGCCGCUGACGUCCUCCUCGAUCGUCUCCUGCCCCACGGGCAGAUGCUUUUCCUCAACGAACACUUCCUCCAGGCAGUGGACCGGGAGAUGGGCAUCAAAGCAUCCCGCUGAGCUACAGCCGGCAUCCCUGCCCGGCACCCCCCGAUAUUUCGGGGCGGGAGAGGCAAGGGAGGGGUCCGAGAUGGUCGCCAAGCCCCAGUGGGAUGGAGAGGAAAAGUGGCUCAGGAAUAAAGAGCAACGA